AAAAGUAAACAAAUAUUCAUUUCGAUGUCAAAAUUGAUUCAGUUAAAAAAUUUGUUUAAAAAUAAAAAUAUUUUAAUUCAAAUGUACAGGUCUUAUUAGCGAAGCUAGCAUUCAAUUAUUGAGCAUAAAAUUACACCUGCACUGAUAAUUGCAUUACAGCAUUGUAAAAUUCCAAACCAAGUAUUUCCAGAUUCACUGUUAAUUUCAAUAGACUAUUAAGCAGAUUACAGAGCAAUCACCACGAGAAAGCACGUCUUGACCCCGCCGAUAGCAGCUGUCAACGGAAUGUGCUUGUAUAUUGGUUUAUAAUUUACGAAACAGUUUAGUCGUACUCGGCCAGUGGCGCGUUGCGAAAGUCUCAAACGGAACGGAGACAAUUUAGCAUAAUGAAGGCAAGGAAUAUAGUUUCAAUACAAAAUGUGUUGCUGCUCCAGGCACUAUUUUUGUCAACGUCGGUGCGUGCAUAUUCUGCUGCUGAUUCCGCAGGCUCUUGCAGCAGCAAUUCGCUAAAAUCUGAUGCGCGUGCAUUUUUCGAGCGUGAAAAUGAAUUACUACGUCAACGUCGUCGUAAUGAGUUCUUAACAUCGUUUGCAUAUAACACAAAUGUGACCGAGGAAAAUCGUAAAGCAAUGAUUGCCGUGGCUACAGCGAAUGCAGCCGCAAAUAAGGAGAUGACACGUAAUGUAAUUGCAUCGGGGUAUAUUGACUCAACCGAUAAGGAUAUAAAACGACAGGCAACUAUACUUGGUGAUUUGGGUAUAGAUGUGUUGCCGGAAAGUGAUUAUAAGGAACUACUUAAUGCUGUUAGUUUAAUGCAGUCAAAUUAUGCAACUGCAACUGUCUGUCCAUACAACAAAGAGGGAGAUUGUACGCUGCAACUGGAACCACAUAUACAAGAACGGCUCUCGGAUAGUCGUGAUCCAAAAGAGUUGAAAUAUUACUGGCGUCAGUGGUAUGACAAAGCAGGCACACCGAUGCGAGAGAAUUUCAAAAAAUAUAUUGAGCUGACCCGCAAGUCAGCGCGUCUGAACGGUUACACCUCCUAUGCUGACUAUUGGAUCCAUUUCUAUGAAGAUCUCGAUUUCGAAACUAACCUAGACAAGGUAUACAAAGCAAUAUUGCCGCUAUAUCGUGAAAUACACGGUUAUGUUCGUUAUCGACUCCGCCAGUAUUAUGGCGAUGGAAUUGUGUCGGAAAAUGGAAACAUCCCAAUGCAUUUGUUGGGCAAUAUGUGGGGACAACAAUGGGACAAUGCGUUGCCACUUUUUACACCUUUUCCAGAGAAACCAUUCGUGGACGUGACCAGUGAGAUGCAACGUCAAAACUACACAGUACGAAAACUCUUUGAGUUAGGUGAUCAAUUUUUCAAAUCACUUGGCAUGCGAGAGCUACCACAAAGCUUUUGGGACUUGAGUGUGCUAACGCGGCCCACAGAUAGAGAAAUAGUUUGUCACGCCUCCGCAUGGGACUUCUACCAGGAUAGUGAUGUGCGCAUCAAAAUGUGCACUGACGUCAACACUCACUAUCUGUAUGUUGUACACCAUGAGCUGGGUCAUAUACAGUACUACUUGCAAUAUGAACAUCAACCGACAGUUUAUCGUGCAGCGCCAAAUCCCGGCUUCCAUGAGGCUGUUGGUGAUGUUAUUGCACUUUCAGUAUCCACGCCCAAACACCUUCAAUCGAUCGGUCUCUCAAACGUGGGCAAAUUGGAUGAAGAAAGUCGCAUCAACGAAUUGUUUAAGAAUGCACUCAAAAAAAUCGUGUUCCUACCCUUUGCCUACACUAUGGAUAAAUAUCGUUAUGCCGUAUUCCGCGGUGAGGUAGAAGAAUCGAAAUGGAAUUGUGCCUUCUGGCAAAUGCGUUCCGAGUUUUCCGGCGUUGAGCCGCCCGUACGUCGCACAGAUGCAGAUUUCGAUCCACCAGCUAAAUAUCAUAUUGACGCCGACGUUGAAUACUUGCGUUACUUUGCUGCGCAUAUUUUCCAAUUUCAGUUCCUUAAAGCUAUGUGCACCAAAGCUGGUCAGUAUGUGAAGGGUGAUCCAGAAAAAACUUUAGAUAAUUGUGAUAUUUACAACAGCAAAGAAGCGGGCGAAGCGUUUUGCGAUUUCCUUUCAUUGGGUGCAUCGGUGCACUGGAAAAAGGCGCUAAAGGAGUUUACUGGUGAAACUGAAAUGGAUCCAGCUGCGCUGUUGGAGUACUUUGAACCACUCAGUAAAUGGCUGCGUGCAGAAAAUCAACGCUUGAAAGUGCCAAUCGGUUGGGGCGAUACUGAUAAAGUUGCAGGUGACUGUUGCCCAGCAUUCAGUACCUAACAUUUAAUGAAACUCGGCGAUAAGGCGAACUGUGAAAAGGCUGAUGUUUGCUUUUGACAAAUAAGAGAUUUUCUUGCUUCCGAAGUAUAGCCGUAGAAAGCCUUGAUCGAAUACACGUAUAAACAUUUGUAAAUGAAAUCGAAAUAUUUUUUUAACAAUUUACACUUUUUCAUCCAAAUUAGCCAGUGCUCUAUAAACUAAAAAGCUGUGUAAACAUUAAAUGUGACAAUUCAAGUUUAAUUUAAUGAGGAAAACUUAAUAAAGUCUUUUGUUUGCAUUGCGCAUGAUACAAGAA